AUGGCCUUCAAGUAUGACGCCGGGUAUGGCGAAAAAGACAUCAUUGGCUUGUUCGAUGCUAUUGCCGUGAAUUGGCGGAAGUCGGCCAGUGACGUGCCCGGGCUCGAGGCAACGAAGCUCUACGAGACGCUGAAGAAGGUGCAUGAGGAGUGGAAAGCCCUGGAAGAUUUCGAGGUCCUGGACAGGAAUUUUCAGGCAUUAUUGGCGACUGCAGCAGCAACAUCUUGGUUCACAAAAGAGCAGCUCGAUGACAUCGACACAUGGCUGGGAGAAGUGGCGGACUGCGGCGAAGCAGAAGAUUGGAUGCAACACUUCCCCGAAGAGGAGCUUCGAGAGGUGGUCCUCGAGAAGCUGAGGGCAAGAGAAGCGCAAGUUGUCUUCGACACGGUCGCGAAAGCCAUCUCCGUAGAGUAUGAAGGUGGUAACUUUGGAACUGGCCGCCACGAUGGCAGUAUCCAGCUCAGCGACGAUGGCCUCACAAUCAAGGACUCGCGAGAUGCAGGCAAGUCGCUGGUGUUCAUGGGAGAUCUUCCAGAGGAUCCAUCGCAACUGGGGAAGGCACUCGGCAGCAGAAACUGGGACGAGCAGUGGGACGAGGACAUGGAGUGA